AGACUAGUUUGCGUCAGGGGAGUGGCCCAGGCUCAACAUUCUCAGCGCAUCCAUUUGCAGCUCUUGCAAGCCAGGCCAUCGCUUGAAGGUAAUGCCUGCAUCCUCCGAUGUUCGCAGGGCUCUCGGGCCGGCAUCGCCAUCCGAGGCCGCCGCGAGCAAGGACGCGGAGGAGGUGCUCGAGCCAGCUGCGGAGGCAUGUCCGUGGACGAAGGAUUGCGCGGCCACUGCCGCCGCAGGCCUGUCUCUACCGCCUCCCCGGCCUUCACCACCCCAGCCCGCGGAAUUGUCGGUUCCACCCCCGCCAUCACCGCAGUCCCAGCGGCGCCAAACAGCGCCAUCGCCGCCUCGCCCAGCACGGCCUAGGCCGGACAGCGCCACGCACCAUCAAAUGUGCAGCCAGUCUGGCAUGUUUUGUGGGAUAGCCUCUGCAGUCAUCGUCCUUGUGCUGGAGCCCAGACUCUACAUUAAUUUUGUACUGAGCGGUGGGUGGUCGGUUCUGCAUGUGGCAUCCAUCUCAGCAUUGCCGUCUUCUGAAGAGCCCCGCCCUUCGCAGCCAGCGCUGCCACAAUCGCUCCAGGAACAGACUACGCCUCCGCGACCCUCAUUUCCGCAAGCGCUGUCGCAACGAGUCUGGAAACGGUCUGCGACGCGACGGCGCGUCACAGUCACGACACGGCGCCGGGACACCCCGCGUCAUCACCCGUCCAGCUUCCACCAGCUGCCCUCUGCACGUCCAGGGCUGUCGCAGCCCUUCCAGAAGCAGGCUGAGGAGAGCGAGAGUGGCCAUCGUGUCGCUGCUGGGCAUUCGCGCGAGUCCAGCUGGCAAGUCGUGAAGACUGACUGGAAGGUGCUCAAUUUGUCUGCCCAGGCUGGCCAACUAGUGCUGAACGCAAUCCCCCCUGAUCUUGAGCGUCAGCCAGAGCCGCGUGCAAGAGUGUACCAUUUGUGGCCACAAGACAGCAAACAUCAGGUCCAGCCCGUCGAGUACAGCUUAAUUGUAAACAUGCAUAACAGGUAUCAUAAUGUGAUGUCUGUUCUGGGCUCAUAUUUUGUUUCUUCCAGGGGGUCUUUCGAAUUGCUUUGCUUUUGCGACGGCUGCAACGCGAAGACUUUGCGACUAGCUGAGCGGGCCUUUGAUACUUAUUUGCCGAUUGUUUGGAGCGAGAGCUCGGAUGCGUGCAGCCUAGACGUUCUCAAGAGUAUCACUGGCCACAUCUUUGAGCGGGGGGCUUCUCAGAAGGCGUUCCCGCAAUACUGGAUGCCUGUACGAGAGAUGUGUGUCGCCAACUGCAGCGAUGCAUUUCUUCGCCGGUGCGGUUCACUGAGGCGGGCUGUACUGGUCGACCAAACACCAGCAGUGUUCGAGACGGCUUCAAACAACAGGGGUGCGCUCCUGGCUGACGGCAAGUUCCUAAUCAUCAUGCAGGACGACUGGGUGAUGACUCAAAUCGGCUGGAAUGUGCAUUUGUCAUUGCCCGCGCGCCUCUAUGACGACGUCUUCUGCGUAUCCUCCAGAUGUGCAGAAGGAAAGCCAGCCGCCAAAGUAGGCCGGUGUAAUGCUCGUGAGAGACGUGCACCUGUCUCCCCAGAGUUGCUGGCGAAAUCGGGCACCUUCUUCGUGCGGCCCUCGGGGGACAGAGGGCCCCUCUUGUACAAUGCCAGCAAGUUCAGGCGCAUGGGGUAUGUCGAAGAGCAAGAAGAGUCACAGACCCGCGUCUUCUCGGAGGUCCGUGCUGUUUUCUCGGGUCGGCGAUGGACCCUCGCCCUGGCGCGCGAAGCGCGCCAGGAGCGGCGCCGGAGUCACCACCGCGGUGGGGCCCAGCGCCGACCCAAGAAGUCCGAUCGGACCUCCAGCAGCCUGUAUUUGUGCAGCUUCUUCCUCUUCCUUCGUUACAACGAGCUGAAGUUCAUGAUGGGCGGCGACGACGGUGCCUUCCACCGCGCCGCGGUGCGGACGCAGGGCUGGGUGUGCGGCUACGUGCCUCUGCAGUUCAUCUUCAUCGCGCCAGGAACCUCUUUGGGGGUCACCGGGUUCAAGACGGACGGGGACAACGGGUUCAAGACGAAGGAGGCGGAGGACGAGUACAAGAAGUGGAGGAGGACUUUGGCGUCGGCGGGAAGGUUCCGGGCACCUGCGACGGGCUGGCUGCGAAAGUUCCGAAAUCGUACGAUGGAUUCCUACUUCGGGGGGGAGCGGUCCCUCAGCCUUUCGAGGCGUUCGUUCGAUGCUUGCAGCUAA